UAAUUAUUGUGAAUGUCAUUUGGGAUGGGAUGUUAAAGCGCCUUCUUUCCCAUAAACCCCCAAAACGGCGCUAUUGGUACGCCGAGGUGGUGCCAUGGCGAUGCGAUUACUCGGAAGGCGGUGGAUGCAGCAGCUGAAGGAACAGCGCGUGAUUUUCUCUAACUCGCACUUAACCUCCUCCUCCUUCUCGCCGGCAACUGCAGAGACUGGGUUAUGGACUUGCGGCCGUGGUGAUAAGAAGACAAAGCGUGGGAAGCGUUUCAAGGGUUCGUUUGGGAACGCGAGGCCGAAGAAGGAGAAGAAGAUCCAGCGGAUCAAGGAUAGGAUCGAGGUACCCAGGUCGACCCCUUGGCCCCUUCCCUUCAAACUCAUCUGAUCUAAUCGCUUUACGCAAGAAUAUUCUAGGAGCAGGGGUUUGGUUUUAGCUUAUCAUCGAUAUGAACGGGUUUUGCUACGAACACCGUAUCAUAUGUGUAUUUUGUUAGGUUUGAAGCGGGAGCUGAAGGUUAGGGCAAUGUCUGCUGUGCCUUGUGCGAAAUUUCUAAUUUCUUCUUUUAUAUGUACUUUUUUUUCUAACUGGAGACUCCAAAAUUGCUUCUUCUGUGGCUUUAAGCUAUGAAAAUCUUUUUUCAACUUG